CCCGUCCCCUGCAGCCCCAAUCCGGUCCCACCCCCCAGAGGCGAAGGAACUGAGAGCAGAGGAGGCCUCUGGACAGAAAAGCCAUGUCUGACUCCCUGGUGGUGUGCGAAGUGGACCCAGAGCUUAAGGAAAAGCUGAGGAAAUUCCGCUUCCGAAAAGAGACGGACAACGCAGCCAUCAUCAUGAAGGUGGACAGAGACCGGCAGAUGGUGGUGCUGGAGGAGGAGUUUCAGAACAUCUCCCCAGAGGAACUCAAAAUGGAGUUGCCAGAGAGACAGCCCAGGUUCGUGGUUUACAGCUAUAAAUACCUGCACGCGGACGGCCGAGUGUCUUACCCUCUGUGUUUCAUCUUUUCCAGCCCUGUAGGCUGCAAGCCCGAGCAGCAGAUGAUGUACGCUGGUAGUAAAAACAGGCUGGUGCAGACGGCCGAGCUCACGAAGGUGUUUGAAAUCCGCACCACCGAAGACCUCACCGAGGCCUGGCUCCGAGAGAAGCUGGCUUUCUUUCGUUGACUCUUCCGAUCUGGCUUGGAUUGCUGACGUCCGAUUCUCCAAGGGGCUGGGGACUGGGGAUCCAUCCCCCCUCCCGCACCAGCACGAGAAAAAGCUGAGACCUUAAAUAAAUUAAAAACUCAGAGGGA